AUGGCGAAGGACGUCUUCUCCGUCCCCAUCUUCUUCAUCGUCUUCCGUGAGACGAUUGAAGCCGCCAUCAUCGUAUCAGUCCUGCUCUCGUUCGUCGAGCAGCUGAUGCUUACCGGCAACCUUUCCGCCAAUGACAUGAACAAGAACGAAAGCACCGCUCCCAGCGACGGCGAAGCAGAGACGGACGGCUCCAUCUCUUCCGGUGUCGACGACAAGGAGCGAAGGGCCAAGUUGGUCAAGAGGAUGAGGAUCCAGAUUUGGGCUGGUACGCUUUUGGGUCUUUUCAUUGCUCUGUGUAUUGGUGCUGCUUUCAUCGCUGUCUUCUACACCAAGCUCGACGAUCUGUGGGCCAAGACUGAGCAGCUUUGGGAAGGUAUCUUCUCCAUUAUCGCCGCCUUCAUCAUCUGGAUAAUGGCCACCGCCUUCUUGAAAAUGGACCGAUCCCGAAUCAAGUGGCGAUGGAAGCUCGCCGCCGCCUUCGACCAGUCCCAAGCCAAGGUCGUCGCCCAAGAAAACAUGUCCGACGAAGACCGCGCCGCCGCCAAGGCGGAGGGCAAGUCCGGUAAAUGGGCCUUGUUCCUCUUGCCGCUCAUCACCGUCUUGCGAGAAGGUCUUGAGGCUGUCGUCUUUGUCGGUGGUGUCUCGCUUGGUUUGCCUGCUACUUCCAUUCCCCUCGCCGUCGUCGUCGGUCUUAUCGCCGGUUUCGCUGUCGGUUACUUGAUCUACCGAACCGGUUCCACCACCACCCUCCACUGGUUCUUGGUCGGCUCCACCUCCUUCCUCUGCCUCAUCGGUGCCGGCCUCUUCUCCAAAGCUAUCGGCUACUUCCAGUACUACCACUUCUCCCAAGGUGUCGGUGGUGACGUCGCCGAGACGGGUGACGGCCCCGGUUCCUUCGAGGUCAAGGGUAACGUCUGGCACUUGACGUACGGAAACCCCGAGACUGGGUCUCCUACUACCAACGGUGGUUGGCAAAUCUUCAACGCCAUUCUCGGAUGGAACAACACCGCCACCCUCGGCUCCAUCCUUUCCUACGUCUUCUACUGGAUCCUCGUUGCCCUCACCCUCGUCGUUUUCAAAUGGAAGGAAGGCAGAAUCACCUUCUUCGGCAAAGCCUCCGCCUCCCACGCUCGCCGACUCCAAAUCCGAGAAGAGUUUGCCGCUGCCAAUGCCAAUGCCGGCUCGAAGGAGGCCGAGGUGGAGGGUGAGAAGAAGAUCAACCCUGAUGCGGAGACGCCUUCUGAGGAGAGGCAUGUCCCUGCUUUGGGCCACUAG